CAAAUCUUACCCUCCGCUCUAAUCUGUCAAGGGGACGUUUUUUUUAGGUAGGGUGAUGGGUACGACCUGUGAGCUUGGGCCAUGCAGUCGCCGCCGAACUUCCCGUUUGCACCAGGUGGUGGGGUUGGUGCGUUCGUCAAGUCGGCGCAGGGCAUUCCGCCGUUCCUCCCGCCGCCUCAUGGAUGCUCGCAGCCUGCAGGUGCACUGCCCCAGCUCACAGGCGUCAUCAUGCCUCCACCAGGCACAGGCCCUGCGCGUCCUGGACCGCUGGGCCCCGGGCCAGGCACGGCACCCUUCGCGGGAACGGCGCCCUUCGGCCUGGCAGGGCCACCUCUCGGAGGGACAGCGCCGUCCAUGAUGACGGCGCCGUCCAUGAUGCUCGGACUCCCUGCUGGAGGACUCCCCAUGGGUGGCGUGCCCAUGCCUGGUCUACCAGGGACUGCGGUGCCGAAGAUGGCGCCUCCAGCUAUGCCACCUCCAGAAGACGGUGGCAAAGGAGGGCCGCCGACGGAUGGCGACGACGCGCCGGGCGGGGCCGGUUCCGGAGACGUGGCCCAGGCGCUGGUCUCCGCGCUGUCCGCGCUGAAGCAGGGCACGGCGCCAGGGGGCGGUGGGCUGCCGCCCCCGGCUGGGCUGCCGCCCCCGGGCUUGCCGCCCCCGGGCUUGCCGCCCCCGAUGCCGAUGAUCGGUGCUCUGGCCAUGCCUCCGCCGCCCAGUGGUCCGCCGCCGCCCGGGCCACCGCCCGGCGCGCCGCCCGGGGGAAAUGCUGGUGAUCCGCCCCCGCUGGUCGCCAGCGGAUCGGCCCUGGGCCCAGGCGCAGGCAAAGGGGGCAAGCGCUUCCCGAUGGAGGGGACCAGUGGCCUGCAGUGCAAGUACGGCCGUUCUUGCAAGAGUGCCCAGUGCCCCGACAUCCACCCGGGCGGUCGGGCCAUCGACGAUGACCCAGACAAGACCAUCUGCCGGUUCGGCCGGAAGUGUAAGCGCAUCUCCGCCCGACUCGUUAUUUCAGGGCCUGUAUUUGCCGCGCGCAGCUUGCAGCCUGGGUGAAGAAGACAAGGAUUGGCGGACAGGGGCUCACGGACACGGCUUCAGGGGAUUCAUUGGAGGACUUGUGCACAAAGUGAGCGACGGCCUCUUGAGGAAUCAGAGCAGCCACUUUGUAUUGAUGACAGUCGUGAUUGUGCUGUCAGCAGAGAAGGCGUACGUUGUGCUAAGCGAGCAGGCAGCAGACGCGAACAUCCCUUCUUGUUUAUUUCCUGGCCGUCUUCUUCUCACAAGUUUUUGCUCUAUCCAUGGUUCUUGCUUGUCGUCUCUGGCGCAUGAUGGUUCUAGUUCCAAAGGCUCAUCCAAGGGAUCAGAAUUAUACGUUGUGGCGAGCUACCCUGGAAAAGUCAACCUGAGCAGCCCUGUUGCAGUCUUCCCCG